CCUCCUCAAACCUUUCAUACGAUCGACCUCAUAACGUCUGCCGUUUCCUCUGACCUGAAUUAAGAGUAAUGGAAGGAGACAUGCAGAUCUGAAAGACGUCGAGAAGAGAAGAGACAGUUUGGAGCUUGUCACUGUAUAAUGAUGGCCUUUAUUAAAAAGGGUCAAAAGAAGACUUACAUUUCAACAUUCAGGUUUGACCUGAAGUCCUCAGCAGCGUUGGAUGUGCCGAGGAGAACAGAAAACGGAACCAAGAUCUGUCUGAAAUCAGGGAAAUCAGAAACUGCUGACACAAGGAAAAAAUCUCCUAAAAUUUCCCUGGACACAGAAAAGAAGAGAUAUGGUGCAGUAGCUGAGUUUCUGGAUCCCCAGCAGCAGGUUGUAGUUUGUGUUGGAGGAACCGCUCGACUGCUCUGUCGCUUCAGAAGCUCCGGGCCUGUGGCUUCCUGCUGGAUUCAUGACACUGAAAAGGUUGUGUUGGAAGGGCCGCGAGUGCGUGUGACGAACACCAGCAGUAGCAGCAGCCUGGUUCUCUCUGACGUUCUUCCUGUAGAUGUGGGAAAUUAUUCCCUCUUUGUUCGGACCCGAGGAGGCACCGCUCACUGGACCGUAAGCCUCUGUGUCAUUGAUCAUCCGGACCCCCCAGCCUCGUGUCCGUUCGUGUCCCACCUGACCUGCACAUCUCUGGUCCUGUCCUGGUCUGGGCCGUGUUUUGACGGAGGUUCUGCCAUCACGGGCUACGUGGUGGAGUUUCAGAGACUGGACCAAACCGAGCCCGGAGACUGGACUGAGCUCAUCAACCAGUGUCCGAACACCUCGUAUCGGGUCCGCUCUGGUCUCGACCCGCAGGGAAAGUAUCGCUUCAGGGUGCGAGCCUGUAACACGGCGGGAGUCAGUGACCCCAGCGAGGAGUCCGACUGCAUUCAGAUGAACACUGCAGGUGAGACGCAACAGGAAGUGACCUCGUAUGUGGAGGUUGUGCCCGACACCACACACAAAGCCAGGGAUCAUUACAAUGUCCACGAAAAACUGGGAGUUGGGAAGUUUGGAGAGGUGUACAGGAUGACCCAUAAGCAAACGGGCCGGGUGUAUGCUGGAAAGUUCUACCGGGCCCGUGUCUCCAGAGAGAAAACGGCAGCGCGUCAAGAAAUCAACCUGAUGAAGGAAAUCCAUCACCCGAAGCUGGUGCAGUGUCUCGCAGCCUACGACACCCCGUCUGAGAUCGUCAUGAUUCUUGAGUACAUUGCAGGUGGCGAGCUGUUUGAACGGAUAGUGGAUGAGAACUUCGAGCACACAGAACCCAACAGCGUGAACUACAUGCGUCAGAUCCUGGAAGGAAUCCAGUACAUCCACCGCAAACGCAUCGUUCACCUCGACCUGAAGCCGGAGAACAUCGUCUGUGUGAACGGCGCUGGGUCGCUCAUCAAGAUCAUCGACUUCGGAUUGGCCUGCAAACUCGAGGCUGGUAAACGUCUGAUGGUCUUGCAUGGGACUCCAGAGUUUGUGGCCCCGGAGGUCGUCAACUACGAGCCUGUAGAUCUGGCCACCGACAUGUGGAGCAUCGGAGUCAUCUGCUACAUCCUACUGAGUGGCGAGUCUCCUUUUCAGGGAAACAACGAUGCGGAGACCUUGGCUCUGGUUACGGCCGCGCAGUGGGAGUUUGAUCCUGAGAGUUUCGAUGAGAUCACAGAUGAGGCCAAAGAUUUCAUCAGCGGCCUGCUUAGGAAGGAUAAGAGAACGAGGCUAUCUUGCGAGAAAGCAUUGGCUCAUCCCUGGAUAGCCUUAUUUGACGACUCAAACUCCAGAUCAACCAAAUCCCUAAAUAAAGAGAAGAUGAGAAGGUUCCUGGCCCGACAGAAAUGGAAGAAAACCGGAAAAGCAUUGCUCGCGCUGACAAGGAUGGCUCGCUGGAGCAAAUCUGACGGACAGCUGUCUCCCAUUUCUGUAGACGCCAAUGCUCUGGGGAAAGAGGCCGAACGAGCUGUGGCAUCUCUGGAAAAUCAGUUGUGGAGUGAACCCCGAUUCCAUCAAGCCCUGCACGACCUGACUGAGAGCAGCGGAGCCAUGGUGAACCUGGCCUGUACGAUACAAGGAUAUCCCGACCCUGAGGUGGUCUGGCUGUUCGACGAAGCCCCGCUGGAGAAGAACGGACGGGUUCAGAUGAAUUACGAUCAGAACGGCACUUGCACGCUCACCCUCGCUCGAGUACAACCGGGGGACUCUGGGAUCUACAAAUGCUGUGCGUCCAACAGCCUGGGGCAGGCGCUGAGCUCGGCCAGACUCACAGUGCAGCUCUAGAACGCACAUCUGCAACGCCAAGCUUGAAGGACAAACGUGCAAAGGUUCACCGUUUCUGAAUUGUUGGUUUUUAAAUUGCAAAGUUAGUUUUAAUUCUAUAAUUUUUGCUGUGAAGUUUUAGCCGCCAUUUACUAAUUUUGAGCAUUGCUCCCCCGGCUUUGAUUCUGCCUAAUUUAAGAGUUUUUAAGAGUUUAAUUUAUGCGUGUAUGUAUGAAGAUUAAGUGCAUUAAAGUUUUAUGAAAUGUG